AAGUAAGUUAUUUCUGAGGAAACCUUCUCCGAUCCGUAACACCGUCCGCGCUGGACGCUGAACGACAGUUGCUCCCAGGCCGUAGACCGUGCUCCGUGUCGCUCUCAAGCAAACAUUGUGCGUUUGUUUACCACGUUCACUAUAAGCCAGUUAUUAUGUAGCAACACUGAAUUUUCUGUAUAACAAUGUACUGUAAUACGCGUCACGCUAAGUUUGGGCCAAUCAUAACCACGUAAGGGAUAGCAUCAUCCAGCAAAAGCAGCCACGUGGCGACGUCGCUGCCAGGCGUGCAAUCGUGCGUUCUUCUACUCUUUCGCAGCUAUGCGGUUCCAGGCUUUGUUGGUGUGUGUUCUCCUCCUUCUGUUAGUUCUCGCGGGAGUGAGUAUUUGGUACAAGUUCAAUAGUGGUCCAGAUGCUUUAACAAAGUUCAAGGAAAUGGUUGACGAUUAUCAGCAUUCCGAUAAAUAUGCUUACAAAAUAGCAGUUAUUCAGGAGACGAUAGAAUCAGAAAUUUAUAAUGUUAUAUUGGAUUGCUUAUUUUAUUUUGAUAUAAUAUAUUUUAUUUCUAUCUUGUGUAAUAUUUUUUAA